AUGAGUCUGCAACCCGCCGACACGCGCUCGAUCGGCACCGAGCAUUCGAUAGAGUCUUCCGAGUCCGAUAUCCUCUUCUUCCCGACCAGCUCAUCCGCUCGUAAUUCUUCCGACGUGGCCGUGCCCAAGCUCUCCUCCGACACAAUACGAGCUUCUUCCAAGCCAACUUUCACCCCAGUGUCACCGACACAGCAGCGCAGCCAACUGCCAAAUCAGGAACAAGAAGAAUACGCGGCAGAUGCAGAGUCGCAACCGCUUACUGGCAACAACGAGAGGAGCGGGCGUUCGAGUCCGUAUCACGACGACGUUUCUCCGUCCACAGGGCAUCGCACGCCAACGAGCACCUUUGGUCACACGCUCGACCCCGGAGCAUACUGGAGGUUGGCGGAGCAGGCAUCUUCGAUCCCGUCUACUCGCUUCUUGGAGCGCCAACAGGGCGGUACGCUGAGCGAACGCCGGGACGCAUACUGGAAAGCUUCCGUAGUCAACGUCCUGCUCAUCCUCAGCUGGUAUACCUUCUCCACGCUCAUCUCGGUGUACAACAAGUGGAUGUUUUCGACCGACAAGAAGAAUUUCUCCUUCCCGCUCUUCGUCACUAGCUUCCACAUGCUCAUGCAGUUCAUCCUCAGCAGCAUGGCCCUGAAGAUCUUCCCGCAGCUCGUCCCGCGUCGACCCAAUGGCACCACCUCGCGACCCUCUGGAUUCGACUGGGCGUCCAAAGUCGUCCCCUGUGCCCUCGCCACCGCACUCGACAUCGGACUCUCCAACACCAGCCUUAAGACCAUCACACUGACGUUCUACACCAUGUGCAAGAGCUCGAAUCUCGCGUUCGUGCUGUUCUUCGCCUUUCUGUUCGGGCUCGAGGUGAUCCGGUGGAGCUUGAUCGGGAUCAUCUCGCUGAUCACCGUGGGCGUGGUGAUGAUGGUGGCGGCGGAAACUAAGUUCGUGCUGGUCGGGGCGGUGCAGGUGUUGUCGGCAUCGGCGUUGGGCGGGUUGCGGUGGGCUUUGACGCAAAUGCUCCUUGACAGGGACGAGAUGGGAAUGAACAAUCCGAUCGCCACCGUUUUCUGGUUGACCCCCGUCAUGGGCGUCUCGCUCAUCUCGCUCUCGGCGAUCUUCGAAUCGUGGCACAACAUCUUCGCCGCCAAGUCGGGGUACUUUGAUACCCUGGCGCACGGGCUGCGGACGACGGCGAUGAUCGCUGCCCCGGGUUUUUUGGCAUUCGGGAUGAACCUGGCCGAGUUUGCGCUCAUCAAGCGCACAAGUGUGGUGACGCUCAGCGUGGCGGGCAUUUUCAAGGAGGUGCUUACGAUCGCUCUGGCCAGCAGCGUGUUUGGCGACGAGCUCACGCCAAUCAAUGUGACGGGGCUUUGUAUCACGCUGUUGGGCAUCGCGCUGUACAAUUGGCUCAAAUACCGGCUGAUCACGCGCGGAGCCGAUUCGGUCGGUCAUGAGAUCUCUGGCCUCAACGAGUUGGGCGAGAGCAUCCGCAGUCGAGCCAGCUCGAUUUUCCGCGGCGGUGGAUCCUCGAUCAACGCAAGCGGCCAGGGGCGCGGGUACGAGCAUCUCGGCGGCGCUGCAGACGACGAGAACAGUUUGCUGUUCGACGAGCAGCACGAGCGCGGGAAAGCACGUCGCAAAGGCACGGGCGAGUCGGAUGCGUUGGAGUUGGACACGCAGAGGGUGAGUCAGGAGAUUGUGUCCAAGGCGUACGUCGCGAGGGCGAUGACGGAGGAGGAGCGCGAGAGGGAGAGGGAACGGCUGAGGAAGAUCGAUGAGGAGGCAGAUCUAGAUGGGUGGGGCACGUCGGGAGAGAGGAUCACGGGCCAGGGUCUUGUAGAGGAACAUCAUCACGCGAGAUUUCGAUAG